AUGGAAGGAAAACCACGCAACGUUUAUGAAUGAACUGAAAAAUCUUCAGGCUUCAGGACUAACAACCCUUGGUCAGGCACUCAGGUCGUCGUUUGACUUGUUAAAUCUCAAUAGAUUAGUGUCUGGAAUAGACAACUAUGGACAGGGAAGGAAUCCCUUCUUUUUGGAGCCAUCUAUUUUGAUUACCAUCACAGACGGAAACAAACUGACAAAUACGGCUGGAGUUCAAGAGGAGCUUCAUCUUCCUUUAAAUUCUCCCUUGCCUGGAAGUGAAUUAACCAAAGAACCAUUUCGUUGGGAUCAAAGGCUGUUUGCUCUAGUGCUGCGUUUGCCAGGAGCUGCAUCUGCGGAACCAGAGCAGCUUGGGAGUGUGCCUACUGAUGAAUCUGCCAUCACACAGAUGUGUGAAGUUACAGGAGGUCGUUCUUACUGCGUUCGGACACAAAGAAUGUUGAAUCAAUGUUUAGAAUCUCUAGUUCAAAAAGUCCAAAGUGGAGUUGUUAUUAACUUUGAAAAGUCAGGACCAGAUCCAGCUCCUAUUGGAGAAGAUGGACUUGUUGAUUCAUCCAGGCCCAUCAAUUCAUUUGCUUCUCAGCCGUGGCAUAGUUGUCAUAAACUCAUUUAUGUACGGCCUAACCCUAAAACUGGUGUUCCUGUUGGGCAUUGGCCAAUCCCAGAAUCUUUUUGGCCUGAUCAGAAUUCACCAACACUGCCUCCGCGCACAGCUCACCCUGUUGUGAGGUUCUCCUGUGUUGAUUGUGAGCCCAUGGUAAUAGACAAGCUUCCUUUUGACAAGUAUGAGCUUGAGCCUUCACCCUUAACACAGUACAUCUUGGAACGCAAGUCUCCCCAUACCUGCUGGCAGGUAUUUGUGAGUAGCAGUGGAAAAUACAGCGAACUUGGCCAUCCCUUUGGGUAUUUAAAAGCAAGCACUACUUUAACCUGUGUAAACCUCUUUGUGAUGCCUUACAACUAUCCUGUUUUACUUCCGUUGUUAGAUGACUUGUUUAAGGUUCACAAACUUAAGCCAAAUCUGAAGUGGCGGCAGGCUUUUGACAACUACUUAAAAACAAUGCCUCCUUACUACUUACUGCCAUUAAAGAAAGCCCUAAGGAUGAUGGGAGCUCCAAAUCUGAUAUCAGAUAAUUUAGAUUGUGGACUUAGUUACAGUGUUAUCUCUUACCUUAAAAAACUCAGCCAACAGACAAAAAUAGAGUCGGAACGGAUAAUAGGUUCAGUGGGUAAGAAAGUUCCACAAGAAAUGGGAAUAAAAGUGAAAAAUCACUCCAGUGGCCUCUCCUUGGUACACAGUAGGGAUUUUAAGCAGCUGCUGCAAGGGAUCACUGGGGAAUCUCCACUGAGACUGGCGGAAAUGAAUGUUAAAGAAUUUGCUGGCUUCCACAUAGGACUUUUAAACAAGGUUUUGAAGCCACAGGCAUUCAGGAAUGCCUAUGAUAUUCCUCGUCACAGUCUUCUAGACCAGCUAACUAGAAUGAGAACCAAUCUUCUGAAAACACACAGGCUUAUCUUGGGGCAGGAUGAAGACUGUCUUCAUAGUGUUCCUGUUGCUCAAAUGGGAAAUUACCAGGAAUACCUGAAAAUGAUGCCUUCACCCCUUCGGGAAAUCGACCCAGAUCAACCAAAAAGACUUCAUACAUUUGGCAAUCCGUUUAAACAGGAUAAGAAGGGUAUGAUGAUAGAUGAAGCAGAUGAAUUUGUUGCUGGGCCUCAGAAUAAGAUUAAACGUCCUGGAGAGCUCAAUACUCCAGCAUCACUGAAGAGAAGGCGUAGCAUGUCCCCACUGUUGAGACGGCCACAGUCACCACCUGUCGUAACAAAUCAUGUUGGUGGGAAAGGACCACCAUCUGCUUCUGGAUCCCCAUCAUAUCCAAACCUCAAAGGUGUCCCAGCAAAUAAAGAUACCAAUAACAGUAUUGUCCAAGAUGGCAACGGAGAGAAGAAAGCAGAAAAUUGUCAGUCACUCGAAAAGCAAAUUGAUGGUUUACCUGUGCAAAUGGCUCCUUCGGUUCCAGCUGCUAUGGGAGAGGAUGAAAUGUUACCCAAUGAUUUAGACUCUCUACCUGUUGAAUUUAAUUGUUUAAACGAAGAUGGGUUGGAUCAUAAACCUGGUACCAACGCGCUUGUUCGAGGACCCCUAAAUUACAACGUGGCUGGAGAUGACCAAAAACGAGUGAUGGAGUCUACUUCUGAAUCUGUGCCAAAUUCAUUUAAAAUUACACCUAUGAUGUUGGAGGGAAACAAUGCUGAUAUCAAAAUUAAAAUGAUGAAAGAAGUUCGCAAACCUGGAAGAAAUUAUGAAAAAAUUUUCUCUCUUCUUGAGGAGGUGCAAGGACCUGUGGAAAUUCAGAAGUAUUUCAUUGAAUUUGCUAUCAAGGAAGCAGCAAGGUUUAAAAAACGGGUCUUAAUACAACACUUAGAGAGAAUACUAGAGGAACUAGAGUUCAACAGCCUACCCAACAGAGUUAAUCAUGUCAACAGUAGAUAAUGAUGUACCGGCCAGAUGAAUACGGACCAGGAAUGAGUUUGCUGUGCCACAGAAGAGUGGAAGAGGAUGUAGCUGCUGCCCUCACCAUCUUGGCAGUCAAGUGAUUUUACUGUCACAGUCUGAGAAGAAGCAGUGGAGCUUUAACUUUAAGAACCUCUAUCGGCAGAAGCUGGGCUAUAACCUUAAGGAUUUGCUAUGAAAGGUGUGGCUUUUUUCCUGUGGAGGGUGCUAUUUGCUCAACAGGCUGAAGAAAAUAACCAUUGCUGCCCCUCCUGCAGGUGAUGAGAAUUUACUCAUUUGAACGCUGUCAUUAGACAUUUUACGUGCUGUAGGCAGCAGGUUGCACUAAAAUGGGGCACUGUCAAAUGCACGCACUGUCUGCAUCGUGGAGAGAGCCCGUGUGUUCCCAAAAAAAAUAAAAACCCUCCCAGAAACACCUGCACUGGUAAAAUUGCAUGUUGCCACCACAGAGACAAGGGUCUUGUUCCCAAGAACUGCUAGCCAUGCCUUUAAACUUGAGAUUCAGUGUAGAUUGAGAGUAAAGAAACUGCUAUUGUAUUAAUGAAAGCUAAAGACAGCCCUGUGACUGUUACCACCCGAUGGUCACUAAACAAUCUACCUCAGACUCUCUUCUGUUUUGUCUGCAGACAUUAUGAAAGUGCACCUGAGGCUUCCCAGGUCCCCGACUUCAGUUCUCUUUCAUCCUGUGAGGAGGACGGAGAUUCUUCAGGUGGCCUUGGCACACGCUGUGCUUUGGAAGCACUAAAAGGAAACGCUUUUAAAAACGUGUAUUUUAAUGUUCAUACAAAAGAGAUUAUUUUGAACAGUAUUGUUACCAGAUCACUAAUUUGAUAUUUUAACUGUAUAAAUUUUUUGGAACAUAUGUAUAUAUAAAAUAAACCAUUUUAUUAAUUUUUAAUAAGUGCUAAUCUGA